AUGGAAACCAACAAUCUCCCCAGCUCCAACUCAAUAGGAAAUGUAUGGUAAACUCUACUCAGCUACACAGAAGGAGGCCUAAUUUCCUGCCCAAACUGCUCACAAGUGCUAACUCACGAGAGAAAGAGAGUUAUAAUUAGAGAGGGUUAAACGAGGUUUAUUUCAGCCCCUAUCCAGUUGAGCUUCAGCUUCAUGUGGUGCUAAUCACUAAAGCGCCCUUUUCCUUUAGCCAAACGAGGAGAGUCACGAGAAACAGCUUGGACCAAAAAUUGCAGGGCAUGACUCUCUUAACCCUGGUAGUGCUCAGGGUAUGAAAGACGCGCGCUUGAUGCCUCCUUCUGGAACUACCUCCGCCAUUUACAGGCAAUGUAAUGCUCCUGCGCCACCAGUCCUCUUGUGAGUCGAGGGGAGACUCAGCCAGCCCAAGCCUGAACCCACCCCGGAAAUUGCCACCUGCGUCCUAGCCUUAUUUCUUUUUUAAUUUGGACGAAAUUUUAGGUUUUUUGUUAACUGUCGCUCCUAGGCAUGCCAUGAUAAUAAUUAUUGCUGACUCACGAAGAAUAUGAAUUUCAUCUAAAUAAUUGCAUGCCAGAACACAAUGAUUCUGUAAUUUCAACAGAGCGACAAAAAGUCUACGUAUCCCUCAACACUGAAAGCGACCUUCGGGUCACUUGCAAAUUCUGUGACAGAAAAUUUGCCCCAGAAAGGGUUUUAAAGCACCAAUUUGCAUGUGAAUAUUCUUCAAAAAAGAGGCCUCAGUUCGAUAUGAAACGAAAACGCUCACCUUUGUUAGAAAGUGACACGUCAAAAGUUAUGCAUAACUCAAAAAGACAUACCUUGACGCAGAAGUUCAAUGACAAAAAGUGGCAUAAGCUGCAUGAAGAUUUUUUAAACACAAUCAGAUAUGCAAGAAAAUUUAAAUCGUUUGAAGAAAAAGGCAAAGACCCAACAGUGCUUAAGCCGCCAGCUGCUUUAUAUGAUAAUUACAUACAGUGCCCAACCUGCUUGCGGAAGUUUGCCCCAAUUCCUGGAGAAAGGCAUAUUGCGAAUUGUAAAAAUAUUAUUAACAAGCCCAAGCCUCUGGCCCGAAUGCCAACUGAUAUGCAUUUUCCACAGAUAAAAAAUAAUGGGAAAAGCUAUCACAAUAAGCAAAUAAAAUCUUUAAACAACUCGACAGUAAAAGAAGACUCCCAGUGCUCGUAUUACUGUUCUCCUACAAUGUCUAAAAAAGAAAUUAUUCCUAACAAAUCUCCAAUACCUCCAAUUGUCAGGGUUUCCCCUGACUCAAGUGACCCAUAUACCAUCAAAACUCGCAGAAGGGACUCAUCAGUCCAGCGCUCUGCUGUUUUUGCAAUCCAGUGUUCCCACUGCUCAAAAGUAUUCGAUCCCAAAGGACUAGAAAAACACAUCCAGACCUACUCCAAAGAGCUGGCCAAAACUAAACAAUUCCGAGUGAUGUCUGAAAGCCCCUACCCCAAAUACUCCCCAAUUGCAGCCAAAAACUCCCAAACAGACACCUCCACCUUAAGAAUCCGGAGAUCUGGCAAAGCUCUCAAACACCUUGACGAAAAAUGCAAAAACUGCAAGUCGCCUUGUCCCUUUGAGGCGAAAUUUUGUAUGAUGUGUGGAAUGAAGCUGGAUGACAGUUAA